AUGUUCGUAGAAGGUUGCACUGUCCUACCUGAUGAAUUGGUUGAUAUUGUCGUUGAUAUUGUUCCUGGUAUUGUUGUGGUUGUUGCUCCUGCUGUAGCAGCUGUCGUUGUGACUGGAACAAUUGUUGUUGACACUACUGUUGAUGUUGACACUACUGUUGAUGUUGACACUACUGUUGUUGUUGACACUACUGUUGAUGUUGACACUACUGUUGAUGUUGACACUACUGUUGAUGUUGUAGAUGUUACAGUUGGUGCACUUGUAGCCGUUGUAGCAAUGGAAGCUGUAGCUAGUGUUGAUGUUGGUAACUUAGGAUACAAUGACGCAAAUUGCUGUGGCGUUUGUAAGAGCGGAUUUACUGCAACAGGUGCCGGUUUCUUAGAUAAUGACGCAGUACACCAAAAAUGUUGCAGACAAUAACCAAAAAGACCUAAGUAUUUGCUAAACUGACAAAAAAUAUGGAUUUGAAGAGGAAAUAUGCCAUAGGUGCUGUGUCAUUAGUUUUAAUUAUUGCAUGGAUUUUAAUUCCAAACAAUAUUCUACAGUCAUUUAGUGAUAAAACAACAGUUGUUUUGAAUGUUUUUGGAAGCCGUCAGAAUGCGCCGAAAUUACCACUACAUAUACCUCCUACGGACCCUUUGGAACUUAUUCGUAGAGACUGUGGUCAGCUGUGUGAUACAUCAAGAAAAGGAUCACCAGGACCAUAUUUUGAUCAUAUCAAUGCAGAUAUUGACUGUCAAGCGAUAUUCAAAAACAAAUAUGUUGACCGUGGUCAUGAGCUACCACAUGCACCAAAAGCAAUUCCAAAAAAUCUGUUAAUUGAAUAUACCAUGAACAAUCGUAUACCAGUGAAGUAUUGGUAUUUUGAUAAUCAGUAUUUAGGUAAAACAGCUAGACAACCUGUUUGGACAGAGAAAGGUAUUGAAGACUGGAUAAUCAGUGCAAAGCAAGGUAGAUUAGGCGGUAACUAUGGUGCGGGAGAAACAAAUGCUCUUAGAGAUGCUUUGAAACAUGCACCGGGAAUUGUUGAUGGUAGAGUUAUGGUGAUAGGUUCCGAAACUCCAUGGGUUGAGGCAUGCGUGUUAGAAGCAGGUGCGCGUGAAGUAUUUACAUUGGAGUAUGGUCGUAUUUCAUCUCAACAUCCAAAAGUGAAAACUAUAGUUCCGUUUGAUUUUCGUAUGCGUUAUCUAAACAAUACUUUAGGAACAUUUGAUGCCAUUGUUACUUUUAGUUCUAUAGAACACUCAGGAUUAGGGAGAUAUGGUGACGCAUUGAAUCCGUGGGGUGACAUUAUUGCCAUUGCACGAGCAUGGUGUGUAACAAAACCUGGAGGCUCACUUACUAUAGGUGUACAGUAUAAUUAUGAUCAUGAAUUCCUUAGAUUUAACGCUGACAGAUGGUAUGGUAAAAUAAGAUAUCCAUAUUUAACUACAAAUUGGAAACAACACUACAUAGGCAAAGGUUCGCAGCGUGUUCAUGUUUUUACGAAAUAAAAAUAUGUUUUUUUUAA